AUGGGCGAGCCCGUGGAAGUUCGGGACGCAUUCAAUGAAGCCAGUGACUUCCUAAGUCCAGUACUCAAUCGAGGCAUGGAAAUCCACAUUCGUCGUGUUAUUGGAUAUACAGCUAACUGUGAUCAAGCGGAGAUUGAGAAGACCCAAGGGAAAUCAUUGUUGGAAAAUCUUAGCCAGAAUGACGAUUCCUCGUCCAGUGGUGAUGAGAUCAGGGCCACCGUUAUCGACAAGGCACUGCAAAUCCUAAGCCGGAUACACACUGCCUUUAUUACGCCUGAUCUAGAGCAAUCCCAGCAUUUAGCCACGGAAGGUGAAGAUGUAGCUCUUCAAGAUGCAAAGCGUCGCCGAAUGCUGCAUGCACUGUUGGAUCUGAUUUCACUCGAAGGAAUCUACCCGUCACUCUCAUCUGGUGUUGGAAUUCCUCUACAGCAGCGGGUGAUUUCCGUCCUGCCAGCUGGUGUUAUUGCAAAGCAGGCACAGAUUCCCCCAAGCAGCACACCUCACAAUGUAUCUCUUCUCCGCCAUGUUAUGGACGUCCUUCUCACCAUUCUCAUGGAUACGAGAUCAAGCAUCCAGCCCGUCAUUCGAGGUCGCAUUCUAAGUGAUAUAAUCAGUGGUACAGCUGAUCUUGCUUUCAAUCCGAACUGCAGCAGUCAUGAGGAUGGAACAAAUAUUCAGGCGCAAUUUGCCACAUUAAUGAAUGAAACCCCCAGUGCUGUGUUGCUACCUACCUUGUCUGCAUUUCUGCAGACAGAUACUGCCGCCUGGUUUAAGUCGACAAUUUCAAGUCAAAUAUCCCAGGUUCCGCUUCGUCCUGGGGGUGUGCUGCAAACAAUCAUGUUCAUCGCCUCACAAUUUGCCCCAUCACUUGGGCAGGAGGCCCAAAGUGAGCCAUCAAACGGUCCUCAUUUCACGGUUCAAGCCAUAAUGCAGAUUUCGAAGCUCCUUUCAUCUGUUCCACAAGGGGUGGACUCGGCAGUAUACUUCACAGCCAUUGCCCCUCAACUUUUGACACUACUUGAUGGCGAUGACCCCGACCUCGAGAAGACUGUCUCUUAUACCAUUGGAAAUGGAAUCCUGGGGAAGCGGGUCUUUGGAGCCCCUGGAACCAUUGGCCACUCAAUAUUUGUUGAGCCACUUUUCCGUGUGCUUACUGCGGAACCGAAUGAAUCAACAAUGCAAUGGAUGAUGCCAUUGGAGUCACCGGAGCCUAAGCAGAGCAGGACUCUAAACGUCAUUGUUGAAGACAAAUUGAUUGACCGGGCACUCGACAGACUAAGAAAGCUUGCCAUUCAACACCCAAAUCCAGGGUUGGUAAAGAGAAUCGUGUAUCCGAUUCUCCUACCACUUUGGGGCUUAGUCUGCUAUGCCCAAGAGCAUGAACUGAAAGUCUUUCAUGAUAAGGUCAUGGAACUACUCCAAACAUACUUUAGCAUAUCAGUGGGCAUGCCGCCGCUUAAGAAGCUUGUUGAUAACCUACUGUGGGAUGGUGGGUCGACUUGGACAUACAGUUCCACCUCUCAAGGUGGGAUCAAACUGAUAAAACGAAACAACCAGAUUGACCCGCAGUCGAAUUUGAUCAAACUGAUUGAUUCACUUCAAACCCGGACAGAACUUUUCGCUCGCUUGCUAGGCUCAGAUCCACGCAGCGAAGAGUUGACCGGUGAUAUAUUUCUUUACGCGAGCCAGACAUGGCUAGUACACUCUAACACAGAGGAAGUCCAGAAGAUUGGAGACUCAGAAAAUAUCUUCCAGAAGCUUAUCAGCGCCAAAGUUGCAGAGAAGCUAUUGGAUACCUUCAAGGACACAUUGUCUCGCCGGCCUCUUCGUGUGCUAGAACUUAUCAAGCAAGUGAUUGAAGGAGAACUACAUAAAUCGGGUUCCAUUUCUUCGAAACAGAGAGAACAAAAGUCUGGAAACCCCUCAUUAUCUUCACUCGCCAAUAUUGUGUCCCCAGAAAGUACAAGUGAAGAAGCCUCAGACGACACAUCUGAGUCCUUAUCUACCGCAUUCAGCUUGCUGUCCACCGUACUGGCAUCGGCAGAGUUCUCCAUGUCAGAAGACAUUAAGUCACUCCUGGAGUCAAUCAAGGAACGCCUGGACGAAUUGAUUCCGCUUCUUCCUAACAGUCUCUCCAAGCCGGCAACAACCUCAUCAAUGCUACUGGAGAUCCAGCUCACCACCCCAGAAUUGGCCGACACCAAGGCUCCACCACCACACCUCGCCGAUCUCGAAACACACCGGCAAGCACUUUCAAACCUCAACUCGGACCUGCCACCAGUGCAAGCUGAAGGAUUUUCUCUACUAUCUAAACUCAUCAUGAAAUCCUCCCCCGUCCUCGACAUUCCAUCAACCCUCACCCUCCUCCUAUCGAUAAUAACAGACAUCUCCGAAUCAACCGCUAACGAAGAGUUCAUAUACCUCAACGCCAUCAAACUAAUUGGCACAUUCGCUUCCCGACAUCCACGCACCGUAGUAAAAACACUGGUAGACAGCUAUGCAGACAAAAACGAACAGCGAACACUUGACCAGCGCCUUAAACUCGGCGAGUCCCUGCUCCGAACAGUCCAAGACUUGGGCACAGCCUUAACAGGCGAGACCGCCAAAGUCCUAGGAGAUGGCAUGGUUAGCGUCGCAGGACGCCGGGGCAACAAGCCCCAAGCUCAACAAAACCGCAAGAAGCAAGAAGAAAAAGAGCGCCGACAAAGAGAAAGGGAGGAAAGAAAACAGAAAGAACCCAUUAUGCCUGAAGGAUGGAAGCUUUCAGUCGGACCUACAGCCGGACCGACCACUUUGAAAGAGCUGGACCCAGACUCCGAUGACGACGAGUCCCCAGAGCAAUCAGCCCACGCCGCCAAUAUCGUCGCGGCAUGGGCAGCUGGUGCACCAAGCGACUCCGAACCAGAAGAUCUCCGCAUCCGCGCAUCAGCAGUGUCUAUCCUUGCCUCAGCAAUUCAAAGCAAUGUUCUCGGACUGGGAGCCGCAAUUGUUGGAUCAGCCGUGGACCUUGCAAUGGCUACACUGACACUGGAACCGGCGCCAGAAAGCGCAAUCCUGCGGCGUGCGAGUGCGGUCCUCAUUCUUGACAUUUUGAAAGCGCUGGACACCGCGCGCGAAGACCGCAAAGGCGCGGAUGUUGGUUUCGGAUUCUCAUUUAUGGACGAUGGAUAUGCGCACGCGGAGACACAGGGUCGGGGUCCAUCUACUAUUGGUAAUAUUCCAUCUAUGCUGCGCACGCUUGGGUUUGUUGAGAGUCGAGAAGAGGAUGUUAUUGUGCGGGGGCACUUGCGUGCAUUGAUCGAGAGCUUGGAGGCGUGGCUAGAGAAGUCUUUGAUGUGGGGGAUUGGUUCUGGGAAUAUGCCAGAGAUCAAGAUGGAAUUGGACGAUCGGAUUGCUGGUUUGGAUGUUGAUCCCAUGGCUGGACGGGGUGGGUCUUCGAGGCCAAGGAUUGAAGAGAUUGAGUAG